AUGGAAGCAGAGCUCCCCGGAUACAUCAAGAAGUUCGCGGCGGUUUUGGACCCACUGCAGGAAGAUGCCAUGGUGGCGGUUGUAACCAUGACUGGCUCCUGCUGUCCCAUCACGACCGCACACUGCAAUGCGUUUGACACCGCUCGAAAUGCCCUUCUGGGCAUCGAGGGCUUCAAGCCGUUGCCGAAGCUGGAGAAGUUUACCGAGGUCCUGGGCCUGUUGUCGCUGAACAGCGACAGGCAUGUGGACGAAAAGAUGGCCCGCCAACGUGAAAAAUCUGUGUCAUAUGCGCACCGCGCAGAUCUGGUCAAGCUCGCUUCUGCCGAAGUGCCUUGGAUGGAUUUCAACCCGGGCAGAGAGCAUCAUGUUAUUGGGCGCCUGCAAGUCUGCUGGCCUCACCUGCAGUUUGUGAGGUUUGCUUUGAACGGUGCAGACGACGUCGUCAAGUAUCGGAAGUGGAAGGGCGCGGGCCCUGAACACCGGUGCAUUACAAUUGGCCGCCCAGGCUUCACAGAAAAGGUUCUAGAUGGAGCGCGCCGUGAUCGUGUGGCCCUGGAUCAAGGCUUCUUCAUCCUGGUCCCCGAGGGAUCCGAGGUGGCCGACGUGAGCUCCACGCUGGUCCGAGAACUCCUCCGGGCAGGGGACCGCCAAGGCCUUGAGCGGCUCCUUCAUCCCCAGGUUGCCGACUGGCUCCUUCGGAGUGGGAUCUACGGUCCGGCUGUGCGCCCGCUUGCCGCCGCUCCUGGCACUUGA